UCUCUGCCUAGCAACCGCGUGCAAAAAAGAGUCCGGUGCUUUUUUGUUCCGCCUGGGGCAACAUGUCGGGCUUCAAUUCGGAGCUCAUCGAGUACCUGGAAGGGAAAAUCUCCUUCGAAGAGUUCGAGCGGCGUCGGGAGGAUCGGAAAAGCGGAGAGAGGAAGGAUAAGGAAAGUGAUGAAAAUUUAGAGGAUCUCGAUGCUCCUUCUACAUCUGGGCAAGGGACAUCCACUAGACUUCAGGCUCAUAGUGAUGCAGAAGAAGAAACAUCAGAUGGGGUCAGUAAAUCUGUCCAUCGUGUCUUUGCUUCCAUGAUGGGAGAGAAUAAAGAUGAGGAAGAGGAAGAAGAAGAAGAGGAGGAGGAAGAGGAGGAAGAAGAAGAGGAACAAGAGGAGGAGGCAAUGUCUACACAGCCUACAGCCGGAGAUGUUUUUGCCCUAGAGAUGGUGCUUAAUAGAGAGACCAAGAAAAUGAUGAAGGAAAAACGACCACGCAGUAAAUUGCCUCGUGCCUUGAGAGGCCUCAUGGGUGAAGCCAAUAUUAGAUUUGCUCGUGGUGAACAUGAAGAUGCCAUUCUGAUGUGCAUGGAAAUCAUAAGACAAGCUCCUCUGGCUUAUGAGCCAUUUUCAACUCUUGCCAUGAUUUAUGAAGACCAAGGAGAUAUGGAAAAAUCUUUGCAGUUUGAAUUGAUUGCUGCUCACUUAAACCCCAGUGACACCGAAGAGUGGGUGAGGCUUGCUGAAAUGUCACUUGAGCAGGACAAUAUUAAACAGGCUAUCUUCUGCUAUGCAAAAGCUCUGAAAUAUGAUCCUACUAAUGUACGCUACUUGUGGGAAAGAUCAAGUCUCUAUGAACAGUUGGGGGAGCAUAAACUGGCAAUGGAUGGCUACAGGCGCAUUUUAAAUCUUCUGACUCCUUUUGAUGGAGAUCGCUUUAUGCAUCUGGCCAGAGACAUGGCAAAGAGUUAUUAUGAAGCCAAUGAUAUCACUGCUGCUAUUGAGAUAAUGGAAGAAGCCUUUAGUAAACACCAGAGUCUUGUAUCCAUGGAAGAUGUUAAUAUAGCUGCUGAACUGUACAUUUCUAACAAACAGUACGAUAAAGCAUUGGCAGUUAUUACAGAUUUUUCUGGAAUUGUGCUUGAGAAGAAAGAGACAGUAAUAAAUUCUUCAGCAGUGGAUAAAGAGGCAGUGGAAAUGCAGGAGGGUCAAGAAGAAAGGUCUGAUGCCCAAGAACCUGUGCCUGGAACCAGUUCUCCAUCUUCAGAAAAGGUGACUUGCUCUAUACCUGACGGUGUUCCCAUUGACAUUACUGUGAAACUCAUGGUGUGUUUAGUUCAUCUGAACAUUUUGGAACCUCUCAAUCUUUUGUUAUCUACGCUAGUGGAACAAAACCCUGAGGAUAUGGGAGAUUUGUACCUCGAUGUUGCAGAAGCAUUUCUUGAUGUUGGAGAAUAUAAUUCUGCUUUACCUCUCCUGAGUUCUCUGGUGUGUUCAGAAAGAUACAACUUAGCUGUUGUUUGGCUCCGUCAUGCAGAGUGCUUAAAAGCACUGGGCUACAUCGAGCGUGCUGCGGAGAGCUAUGCCAAAGUAGUUGACCUUGCUCCCUUGCACCUGGAUGCACGUAUUUCCCUCUCAACCCUCCAGCAGCAGUUGGGCCGGCCUGAGAAAGCCCUGGAGGCACUUGAGCCCAUGUAUGACCCAGAUACGCUGGCACAAGAUGCAAAUGCAGCUCAGCAAGAAUUAAAAUUGCUUCUUCAUCGUUCAACAUUGUUAUACUCUCAAGGCAACCUGUAUGGUUAUGCAGAUUCUUUGCUGACCAUGUUAGCCAUGCUCCUAAAGGUUGCCAUGAACCGCGCUCAGGUGUGUUUAAUAUCCAGUUCAAAGUCUGGAGAAAGGCAUCUCUAUCUCAUUAAAGUGUCAAGAGACAAAAUUUCUGACAAUGAUGAUCAAGAAACAACAAACUGUGAUGCGAAAGCAAUAUUUGUGGUGCUUACAAGUGUGCUGACAAAAGAUGACUGGUGGAACCUCCUGUUGAAGGCAAUCUACGCUUUGUGUGAUCUUUCGCGAUAUAAGGAGGCAGAGCUCCUGGUAGACUCCUCACUGGAAUACUACUCCUUUUAUGAUGAUAGGCAGAAGCGCAAAGAGCUGGAGUACUUUGGCCUCUCUGCUGCAAUUCUGGACAAGAAUUUUAGGAAAGCUUACAAUUACAUCAGGAUAAUGGUCAUGGAGCAUGUCAAUAAGCCUCAGCUUUGGAAUAUGUUCAAUCAAAUCACCAUGCAUUCGCAAGAUGUCCGACACCAUCGCUUCUGCCUUCGGUUAAUGCUGAAGAACCCCGACAAUCAUGCGCUCUGUGUUUUGAAUGGCCACAAUGCUUUUGUGUCCGGUAGUUUCAAGCAUGCUCUUGGGCAGUAUGUACAAGCUUUCCGUACUAACCCAGAUGAGCCCCUCUAUAGUCUCUGCAUAGGCUUGACAUUCAUCCAUAUGGCAUCUCAGAAGUAUGUGUUAAAACGGCAUGCACUCAUAGUGCAGGGUUUCUCUUUCCUUCAGAGGUACCUGGGCCUCCGUGGUUGUUGUCAAGAAUCUUUCUACAACUUAGGUCGUGCCCUUCAUCAACUGGGAUUGGUACAUUUGGCUAUUCACUACUACCAAAAGGCACUGGAACUUCCCCCAUGGAGCUUGGAGGGAAUAGAAGAUGACCAGACAGACUUAAGAAGAGAUAUUGCCUUCAAUUUGUCACUCAUCUAUGAGCAGUGGAAAUGUCAGAAUGGCUCGGCAUCUGCUGUAUACUUAUGGAGCUGUGUAAUGAGAGAGCCAUCACCAGAGCCCAAUAGGCAGGAAGGCAAUAAGGAUAAGGAUGGAUUUCUUUCAUUGCUUUCAAGGGGAGGAGACCGAGCUGGUAUGAGGAUGUUGCCUCCCGCUUUCACAGAGACGGAAACUAUGAAAGACGGAGGAAAUGCCAAAGAUAUGCUUUGGGAGCAUAUCAUUUGUUGUGACUGGUGCCAUUGUACCAAUCAGUGCUCAGGUAUUUGUCUUCUCUGUUGAAUGUAAAGCAUUAAAGUAGACCAGGUAAGCUUUACUCAGUGAAGUUUACAGAGGACAUUCCUGAUAUGGAUUAAUCAGAUCUGACCUGUGACAACCCAGUUGGAAAUGAUGCAGAUUGCAGAUCACUAAAGCCAUAUAAAUGAGCAAAAUAAGUCACAAGGACCAUUUAAGCAUAAGGCAGCUUGGAAAUUAUGCUUAAAAGUACUGUGGAAGCAGAGGCUACUGUGCCUGAAAGAUUUCAGCUUUUUAUAACUUCAGUGGUGUUGGAGCAAAUGGUUGCCUUCCAGAACGAACAUAUAUCCUGCUUUGGAGGAAGAGCAUCAUUUUGAAUUCUGCUGAAAUUCCAAUUCACUUUUUCUAUGUGCAUUUUUCUACUUCAUAAAUAGAUAAAAGUGAGCAUCUCUGUUACUGGAUAUUGUAGCAAUAAAUUAAUGUAAACUGUU